GGGCUGUCAUCAGUCAUCAAAAAUAAUGGACUACUCAAUAUCACCUUUAAAUAUGACAACUGCACUCCUUACCUGAAUUCGUUGGGAAAACACGUGAUUGGAGAUGUGCAGAAUAUCACUGUCAGUCAGUAUGCGUGUUAUGAACAGGUCGCAGUGACGAUACUAUGGACAGCAAAUCCUAUUGGAGUUGAAUACUUGAAAGGGUUUCGAGUAAUACUCGAGGAGUUAAAGUCAGAGGGAAGGCAAUGCCAGCAGAUGGUUUUAAAAGAUCCGAAGCAGCUCAGCCCCAGUUUUAAACAAACUGGAAUGGAGUCCCAGCCCUUUGUAAACCUGAAGUUUGAAACAGAUUACUUUGUGAAGCUUGUUCCUUUUCCUUCCAUUAAAAAUGAAAGCAAUUACCACCCGUUUUUCUUCCGAACUAGACCAUGUGAAUUGUUGCUACAGCCAGAAAACCUUGUCUGCAAACCUUACUGGAAGCCAAGGAAUCUGAAUGUUACCCAGCAGGGUUUUAACAUGCAAGUGUCCUUUGAUCAUGCACCUCACAACUUUGGGUUUAGAUACUACUUUCUUCACUACAAACUUAAGCAUGAAGGGCUGUUUAAGCAAAAGACCUGCAAACAGGAGCAAAACACAGAUACUACAAGUUGUAUUCUUCAGAAUGUAUCUCCAGGGGAUUAUAUAAUUGAGCUGGUUGAUGACACUAAUACAACAAGGAAAACAAUGCACUAUGCACUAAAACCAGUGCACUCCCCGUGGGCUGGCCCAAUAAGAGCGAUUGCCAUUACAGUCCCUUUAGUUGUCAUUUCAGCAUUUGCAACGCUUUUCACAGUGAUGUGCCGUAAGAAACAGCAAGAAAAUAUAUACUCCCAUCUAGAUGAGGAGAGCUCAGAAUCUUCAGCAUAUGCUGCAGUUCUCCAUGGUGAAAGGCUUCGUCCCCGGCCAAAAGUGUUCAUCUGCUAUUCCAGUAAAGAUUGCCAGAAGCACAUUAAUGUCAUCCAGUGCUUUGCUUAUUUUCUUCAGGACUUCUGUGGCUGUGAGGUGGCUCUAGAUUUGUGGGAAGAUGUAAAGAUUUGUAAAGAAGAUCAGAAGGAGUGGCUUAUUAAAAAAAUAAACGAGUCCCAGUUUAUCAUCAUUGUGUGUUCCAAGGGAAUGAAAUACUUCGUUGAAAAAAGGAACUGGAAACACAGAGGGGGGACCAAAGAUGCAGGAAAAGGAGAACUCUUUCUGUUUGCUGUGUUGACUGUUGCAGAAAAGCUUCGUCAAGCGAAGCAGAAUUCAGGUGACCUCUGCAAGUUCAUUGCAGUCUACUUCGACUAUUCCUGUGAAGGAGACAUCCCCGCUAUCCUGGAUCUAAGUACAAAAUACAAACUCAUGGACAAUCUCCCUCAGCUGUAUUCACAUUUACACUCCAGAGAUCUUAGUGUGCAGGAUUCAGAGGUGCUUCCUGUUAACAUUAGUAAAAGGAAUUAUUUCAGGAGCAAAUCUGGGAGGUCCCUUUAUGUUGCUAUUUGCAAUAUGCAUCAGUUUAUUGAUCAGGAACCAGACUGGUUUGAGAAACAAUUUAUUCCCUUCCCUCCACCUUCUUUACAUUACUCGGAACCUGUCAUGGAGAAAUUUGAUUCGGGCUUAGUUUUAAAUGACUUAGUGAAUAAACAGGUGAUGGAUGGUGAUUUUUACCUGAAAACAGAUGUAAAUCUUUUUUCAGCAGGGAAUUCAGACUCUCACUGUGUAAUUCAGCACUUAAACCUUGGAGAAGAUACAGAACCUCAGGACAUCCAAGGUGGUGCCAGCUCUGUUCUUCAGCCAUUGUUACAUAUUAAAGCUUCAAAUCUUAAUGAUAUGCCUCGAGAUUCUGGAAUUUAUGAUUCGUCUGUUCCUUCAUCUGAAUUAUCUUUACCUUUAAUGGAAGGACUCUUGACAGAUCAAACUGAAACAUCUUCCAUUACAGAAAGUGUUUCUUCAUCAUCAGGUUUAGGGGAAGAAGAACCUCCUGUAAUCACUGCUACAAAAUUCCUAGUACCUGGAAUAUGUAAAGCAGAACUUCACUGCCAUAUCCAUCCUGAUGAACUGCAGGCAAUCGCUCCUUUAUAACACAUUACAACAUUUUUAUGCAUCGACACUUUAUCAACAGCCUCGGUUUGUGCUUUAACUACCACACUCUCUCAGCACUAAAUCUACUUGAAGGAACGUGUGCUCCCUGAAGAUCUGUUAUUCCUAAGGGAUUUUUUUUUUUUUUAUGGCCAGUAAACUUGAAUCUGUUGCUCUUUAUCUAAAGACUUUCAUGAUUUGAAAAAUGCAACAUGGAAGAAUAUAUAAGAAUAGAUUUCAAAAUCGUUCCUAUUAUUAAUUUACAUAUCAUGAUAUUACACUGUUUACAGAAGCCAUAAUCAAAAUUGACCUCUUUUUGCUAGAAA